AUGGGGGUCGGAGCCGAAAAAGCCGGAAACCAUAAAGGUUUUCGACGAUGCUCUACACGAUGGAAUAACUUUUAUUUCGAACUUUUUACUCACAGUUCGAAAUGUUCCCUUAAUGAACGUGGUCAUUUUAAAAACGUGGAGCAAGAAUGGUUAAAUGCUAAUGGACAAUUAGCCAAAGAACUUACUAAUGCUAAUGAUUUUGUUCGGGAGCUUGAGUAUAAGAAAUCACAAAUUGAGCAGAAACUCAAAAUUCGAAGCGAUGCAUAUACGCAAAUUGAGAAAUUAAAAGUCGAGAUGAGCCAUGCUUCUGAAUUGUAUAAUAAGCUUCAAGCGAAAUUUGAAGCUGUUCAGGCUGAAAAUGAAAAAUUAGUUUCUGUCAAUGCUGAAUUAAAGAAGGAGGCCACUAAUUUCCAAUCUCAAAACAAAGCUAUGAGUCAAUCAUCUGUUGAAUUGGAUCAAUUCAAGGGUACAAUUGCGGAAUUGAAUACAAAGCUGGAUCAACAACGUUCUCGUAAUCAAGAGUUGAGAGAUGCUAAUUAUAAGCUGAUGGAUACUGUGAAGCUCCUCCAAUCUUCCAAAUCGCUUGUUAAUGGUACGCCUCCCAUUACCAAUGGAAACAUUUCCGGUACUCAUGUCGAACAAGAUUCUGCGGUCGUUGAAAAGCUCGUCUUAGAAAACAAACAAUUCAAGUCAACAUUGGAUUCAUUGAAUAAGCAACUGGAAGAGGUUUCAAAGAUUGCGUUGGAGGUUGAAAUUGAUAGAGAUGCUAAGGUUGCACAAAUCGAGAAAAUGUUAAAUGAAGCAAAAUCGUAG